AUGGCAGCAGCAAGUACAAUCUGCAAGUUGCACUGCAGCAAUUCACCCAAUGCUCUUUCAAUCACAACUUCCAAACACAUGAGCUCUGCCUCCUUGAAGGACAAGGACAGCAGAUGCCGGGAACAUCGUCACCUCAUUAGUAACUGCAGCAACAGCAACUGCAGCAACAACAUCUGCAGCAGCAAGACCUGCCACAAAAACACUUGCAGUAACAACACCUGUAGCAGCAACACCUGCUACAAAAACACCUGCAGUAACAACACCUGCAGCAGCAACACCUGCCACAAAAACACCUGCAGUAACAACAACUGCCGCAACAACUGCAGCAACUGUAACUGCAGCACCAACACCUGUGGCAGCAACACUUGCAGUAACAACACCUGCAGUAAAUGCACCUGCAGGAACAAUAACUGCAGUAUUAAUACCUGCAGCAACAACACCUGCAGCAAUAACAAUUGCAGCAACAACAACUUCAGUAACGACAGUUGA